UAAAUUGCGGAAGUGACGUUGAUUAGAAAACGUUUUACUUUUAAACCUCCUUUUCCGCAUGUACCGUAAUACGCAGUGUAGAGCCUCGCACUUCUUUAGCACCCGUCCUAUGCCCACAUAGACUGUGAGUGUCCGCCUGAGGUUAUUGUGGAUUAAAAUGUCGACAGAAAAUGAUCCAUAUUUCGUUUCUCGGCGUGUAUUUGAUGAGGCACUCUCAGUUAAUCGAAGAGAAGGCGGGCGCUGUGCUCGAUCUCCUUCUGUCGAUGGAGUUCGUCAGUCGGUAACGCAGCAGCAGCGAGAGCAGAAUAAUGGCAAUGAGACUCCACACCCUCCUCCAUCGUUCAAUAUGGCAGAACCCACCACUGGACAGCCUCAAAUGGACGACUGUCAGCGCAUGGGUACUUUGUUUGGCAUGCUCAACAAGUGCCUGCAGAGGAUAGGCUUUACCCAAAUGUACUUUGGGGACAGGACUGUAGAGCCCGUAGUAAUAGUCUUAUUUUGGCUGUUGCUCUGGUUCCUGGGUAUUCAGGCACUGGGCCUAGUUGGGACUCUAUGUAUCAUUAUUAUCUACAUUCAGAAAUAGAGAGAAGAUCACGACAGAGACUGCUUUUUUUUCUUUUUGUUUGUCGGGAAGUAGUCGGGUAGUGUGGAUUGACAUACUCAGCAUGUAUGUGCUUUCACUCACGAGCCAAGUCCAGUUUGCUAUAGCCUUCACUUAUGUAAGGCACAAAUGGGAUAUUAAGGGCAUGUAUACCAUCAGCGAUCAACCUGUGUCUGCAUACAACAAAUGUCACAAUUAGCUUUUCUGUUCAGCCUUUACCUUUUCUGUUUAGAUGUUCCGGAGGCCCGAUGGGGGCUCAUCUACGGUUUGCAUGUCAGCUACAGUAGCACAUCACUGUCUAAUCAUGUUGGUGGCAAUAUUUAUUUAAAUAAAUAUUUAAAAAAUUGACUUUAGCUUGAUGUUUUAUGAUAAGAUGCAACUGUUAAACUGUCACUGAAGUGUCACAUGAGAAACUGUGAUUAAUGUGAAUUAGAAGUAUUGAUCAUGUGACUUAAGGAUUGAAGUGGGGGAGGGAUAAUAGUGUGAAAUAUAACAGCAAAAAAAAAAAAUACAGCGUGAUUCUUGUGAAUAACAGGAGAAAACCUUAAUAUAUAAAUAAAAUAAAAUAAAACUUGAUAUUACUGACCUGACUUCAAACUACCUUACUUCCUGACCAAUUCCUUGUGCUACCAGAGGCCUGGAGCAGAAAGUGGUAGCAACUUUUAACCUUACACCAAGUGCCUAGGCAAACUGUAAUGGGUCCACUGGUGGACUGGCGUUUUCAAUUUUGGCAGAUUUUAAAAGCAAUAACGAAUGUGUCAAGAGUCAAAUGAGUUGAGACAACAGCCCUAUCUACAGGUGGAUGACAAACUACUAAAAAGCUUUUGUUGGUCAUAAAUUAAGCUGUUUUAAAAAAAACACAUUUAUUUUUACCGUUGACAUAAGUAUCCAGUGCUUUCGUCAAGUCAAAUUUAUUUGACAAAUUCGCUUAAGACAUUUUCCCCAAUGGGCUUGACAAUUGAAAGUUAGAAUUUAAACUAUCCUGUUUAAGCAUGAUGGCAAAAUCAUUAUCUGUGCCGGUGAAAACAGUCAAAAUUACUUUUAUUAAUUGUAAUUAUACUUACCUUUGACUUUUAUUACAAUUAUUUGGCAUACCCAACAGUUAUGCUGAACAGUUAUACCAGUUAUACCAGUUAUGAUACAUUUUU